GCGGCUCCUGUGCAAGAAUCUAGCCUCACAUCGGAUCCUUGCAUUGAAGCUGCUGCACAUUCGCUGUGGGCUUUUGGCUCGUGCUCCUGGGUGUCGCUGCUGCUGCUGCUGCUGCUGCUGUCAACGAUGCUGUUGGCCGCUUGCCUCAUUUUGUUCUCCACAGCGUUACCAGCCCAGUUAUUCCUCCUGUAUCCAACUCAGCAGUUCCAAUUUGUGGACACUGGAGGGACGGCACAGAUCUCGUGCGCUUCUACAGAAAAAAUUGAAGAUAAUGGAUUAUCAUUCAGCUGGUACAAAGGAAGAGAACAUGGGAUGCCUGUUUUAAUCAAGAGUUGCAGUGAUAACCAAACUGCAGGCAAAUUUGCUUGCAAAGCUAAAGGUCAAAGAGCCACACUGAAGAUCUCGAAUGUCCAAACAUCCGAUUCUGGCUUAUAUUUCUGUGCCCAAAUAUUUUCCAGCAGCCUGUAUUUCAGCAAUGGCUCGACCUCGCUGAUCAUUGGAGACAGUUACACCCCGAGUACCUGGGUGAAGCUUUUGCAACCCUUUGCACAAGAUCCACCUGCCCGGUUCGAGAACCAGCACGCUUGCGUGGUCCAUGGAGUGUCCAGCUUAGUCCAGGUGUCCUGGGACGUCCCCGGAGAUCUCCGGCAUGAGGCCAGGACCCUUUUGGUGAAAAACAGCAGUGGCUCCUUAACCUUCAUCAGUCUCCUUCACGGCCCUCUGGAUUCGCCCAUCAGUGGUGAAAACGUCACUUGCGAAGUCAGGUUCAACUCUUCGGGCCCCAGCGUGAAGAAGAGUGCCGUAUUCAAUGCACACGUGCUGUGGACCUGCCUCAAUGAAGUUUGCAGACGAUUGAUGGUCCAUGGAGCACAGUUUGGGAACCCCUGCUCUAGCGAAAAGGCACCUCUACAUGCACAUGCGCGCACACACACACACACACACGCACUGCAGAGCAGAUGGAGCUUGGCCAUUAGAAUCUGCUCACGAAAUGAGAGUGUGGACAGGAGCAACAGAAAUAUUUUGGUGGAAAUGUCUUUAAUACAAGCAUCUGCACUCAGCAAGUUAAACGAUUUCAAAGUCUCCAUUUUGCUUUUCUCUCUUCCUCUCUUUCCAGCUCUCCUUUUAAAAAGAAUGCUGCAAUAAAAGCCUUGACAACCAGACUUUAUCCGUCUGUUCCAACCAGAUUUCAUUUGUUGCAAGGUAGUUCUGCAUACUGGGUCUGGGAAAAAGAAAAAAGCAAAGCAGUCAUCUAGGGCAACUCAGACAUCGUGAACAUUUAUUCAGAUUCAAUGUUGCUGUUUUUACUAGAAUGUUGUCUCUGUUGCAUUAAAAGUUUUUAAUUUUU